AUGCAACUGAAACAAACUCUUGCUAAUGGUAAAAAGGGGGCUUUGAAUGUAGGGGCUGUUCUUAUUUUACCGGAGGGGUUUGAAUUAGCUCCUCCCGAUCGUAUUUCUCCCGAGAUGAAAGAAAAGAUAGGCAAUCUAUUUUUUCAGAGCUAUCGCCCCAAUAAAAAAAAUAUUCUUGUGAUAGGCCCUGUUCCUGGUCAGAAAUAUAGUGAAAUUAUCUUUCCUAUUCUUUCCCCGGACCCCGCUACUAAGAAAGAUGUUCACUUCUUAAAAUAUCCUAUAUACGUAGGCGGAAACAGGGGAAGGGGGCAGAUUUAUCCUGACGGGAGCAAGAGUAACAAUACAGUUUAUAAUGCUACAGCAGCAGGUAUAGUAAGCAGAAUCAUACGAAAAGAAAAAGGAGGGUACGAAAUAACCAUAACGGAUGCAUCGGAUGGACGUCAAGUGGUUGAUAUUAUCCCUCCAGGACCAGAACUUCUUGUUUCAGAAGGCGAAUCUAUCAAAUUUGAUCAACCAUUAACAAGUAAUCCUAAUGUGGGGGGAUUUGGUCAGGGAGAUGCAGAAAUAGUACUCCAAGAUCCAUUACGUGUCCAAGGCCUUUUGUUCUUCUUGGCAUCUGUUAUUUUGGCACAAAUCUUUUUGGUUCUUAAAAAGAAACAGUUCGAGAAGGUAGCAGAACGUGCUUUGUUCCUGUGGAACAACGAUCAUAUAAGGAAUCUGAUCACUCAGAACCGUAAGGUGAUCCUGCCCAUAAUUUUCCCAGCCUUGGAGGAAAACACCCAGAGUCACUGGAACCAAGCCGUGCAGAGUCUGACGUUGAAUGUGAGGAAGACAUUUUCAGAUGCUGAUCAAACACUUUUUGACGAGUGUCUAGUGAGAUUUCAAGAAGAUCAAAUCAAGGAGAAGGAGAUCCAGGAGAAGCGGGAAUCAACCUGGAGGCGUUUGGAAGAAGUGGCAGCCUCUAAAGCUGUUAGCAAUGAGGCUGUGCUUGUCUCUAGGUUCGCCUCUUCUGUUGCCAUUGCUACCAACACAAAUUCGCAAUCAUCUGUGGGCAGUUGA